AUGAAUACAUUUAAAUUUAUAAACAAAAAAAAUGAUCAACGAGUUCAGAAGUAUUUUUAUAAAUGUAACUUAAAUCACAGAAUAACAAAAAUAAUAAGAGAAGUUUAUUUAAGGAAUGAUAUAAGUUGUGGGAUUGAAAAAUGUAAUGUUUGUGAAAAUAAAAAGAAAAAGUUAUUAGAUGGAGAAAGGAAUGUGCUAAUUUUAGAUAUGAAUACAAUAAUAAAAUAUAUGGAUUUUUUAUAUGAUUGCAAUAUUGAUAAUAUAUUAAUACCAAUAACAAUAUAUGAACAUAUUAGAGCUUUUAAUAAAAUCCUAUAUAACAAAUUACAUGAAUUAUGUUAUGAAAUAGAUGAAUCUUCUCCUAACUGUAACAAAAGAUAUACUGUUUUUGUAAAUAAAUUUUGUAAAUUUACAUAUGUAGAUAAUAAAGAUGAAAGUAUAAAACAAAUUCAAGAAAUAAUUAAGAUAGUUAUAUGGUUAAAACAUCAUAAUUCAAAUUUGAAUAUUAUAGUAAUAACUAAUAAUAAGUUUUUAAAAGAGGAUUGCAUGAAAAAUGACAUUUCUUGUUUCACUUUAUUUAAAUAUGUAAGUCAAUUAAAAAAUAGUAAAAAAGAUAAUUAUUUUAAAAUGAAUAUAUUAAAAAUGUAUUUUGAAGAGGAUAUUCUAAAUGAAAAUAAGGAAAAUAUCGAAGAAGAAUAUGUAUAUAUUAAUACUGAUAAUACACUAUCCAAUAAAAAACCUAUAUUUGAUCCUUAUCUGAACAAAACAGAAAUAAUUCAAAAAUUAAGAGAGAAAAAAAUAAUUAAAGGUAUUUUUCAUGUUAUCUGUGUUAAUAAAUUGGCAAUAGUAAAAUAUACAGAUCUUGAUGAAGUUGUUAUAAGAGGAGUUAAAAAUAUGAAUAGGGCAAUACAAAAUGAUAUUGUUGCUGUUGAAGUUAUAGAUAAUACAAAUGAAGAAACAGAAGAAGAAGAUUAUUUUGAAGAGUUAAUUAGCCCUGAAGAAGAAGAAGAAGAAGAAGAACAACAACAAGAAGAAGAGAAAAGUGAACUAUUACUGAAUGGUAAAAAAAAAAAUCAAUCAUAUAAAGAAAAUAAAAAAAAUGAAAGAGAACAAUAUGAAAAAAUUAAUGAAGAAAAAAAAAGUAUGAGAGAAAUAAAUGAUAAAAAAAAACUAUAUGGAAAAGUUGUGGGUAUAAUUAGUAGAAGUAAAAAGGAAUAUGGUGGCAUUGUUAAAGAAUAUUCAAAAGAUAAAAGUAUUCAUAUAAAAAAGUUAAGAUUUUUUAAAGCUUUUAAUAACAAAAUACCAUUUAUAAUAAUAAAAACAAAUUUAACAGAAGAAUUACGAAAUAAAAGAGUAAUUGCCGUAAUAGAUAAAUGGGAUAUUUAUUCAAAGUAUCCAAUAGGAAGAUGCUUAAGUGUUUUGGGUAAUUGUGAUGAUAUUGAAACAGAGACGAAAUUAAUUUAUAAUGAAUAUAACAUUUCGAAUAAAGAAUUUAGUGAAAGUGUAUAUAAAUGUUUACCACCUUCUCAAUGGCAAAUACCUGAAGAAGAAUUUGAGAAAAGGAAAGAUUUUAGAAAUGUGUUAACAUUUAGUAUUGAUCCUCCAGGUUGUCAAGAUAUAGAUGAUGCUUUAUCGCUUGAAAUUUCGGAUGAUAAAAAAUUUAUUAAUAUUGGUAUUCACAUAGCAGAUGUUUCUUACUUUGUUAAACAAAAUAGUCCACUUGAUAUUGAAGCAUCAAAAAGAUGCACAACUGUUUAUUUAAUUAACCAAAGAGUUGAUAUGUUGCCAAAAUUGCUAACAACGAAUUUAUGCUCAUUAGUUGAAAAUCAAGAUAGACUAACUUAUAGUUGUCUUUUUUGCUUUGAUACAAAUUAUAAUAUAGUCGAUGUUACUGUUUCGAAAUGUAUUAUUAAAAGCAAUAAAUCUUUUACAUAUGAAGAAGCACAAAAAAUUAUCGAUGAUAAGAAUGAUAAUAGUAAAAUUGCAGAAGCGUUAAGAUUAUUAAAUGACAUUGCAAAACAUUUAAAAAAACAAUGGCUUGAUCAAGGUGCAUUGGAAUUAAGAGGAAACACAGAAGUAUUGCUUGAAUUUGAAGCAAACGAUUUUUCUAAAACAAAAAAUUUAAAACCAUAUGUAUCUUAUGAGACUAAUAAAUUAAUUGAAGCUUUUAUGUUAUUAGCAAAUAAGUCAGUUGCAAAAAUUAUAUUUCAAAAUUUUAAAGCUGCAAGUAUAUUGAGAAGACACCCUCCACCUAAAAAAGAGUAUUUAAAAGAACUAAGUGAGUAUUUGCAAUCUAUUAAUGUGUAUGACUUCAAAUAUGAUACUUCAAAAGAGUUAUCUCACUCUCUUAAUAAUAUUAAUUUAAAAAACGAUCAGAACUUAUCAAAUAUAUUAAAAGUUUUAGUUACAAAAUGUAUGAAUGAAGCAGUUUUUAUAUCUGGUUAUAACGUUCAUAAUAAUGAAAUGUUAAAACAUUAUGGUUUAGCAGCUGAAAUUUAUACCUUCUUUACUUCUCCUAUUAGAAGAUAUGCUGAUAUAAUGGUCCAUAGGAUUCUAAAUCAUAUAUAUGGUAUUGAACAACUGCAUAAUAAAUAUCUGGAUGUAAUUUACUUAAAUAAGCAAAUAACUUUAUUAAAUGAAAAGCAUAGAAAUGCUAGAUUUGCAUCAAGGGCUUCUGUUGAUUUCUUUUCUUAUUUAUAUAUUAAAAAAAUUGGGAAUCAAAUAACAAAUGCUAUUAUUACGAAUUUAAAGAAGAACGGUAUACAAAUUUUUAUACCAGCAUAUUGUACUGAAGGAAUUUGUUACUUGAAAAAAAAAGAUGGUUUUAUAUUUGAAGAAAAAAAAAAAAGAUUCAAAAAAAUUGAUGAAAAUGAAAAAGAAAUUUUCUAUCUAAAUUUUUAUGAUCGUGUACAAGUUCACAUGCAAGUAGAUAGUUACGAUAUUAAAUGUCAAAACCAGUAUAUUUUUAUUAAAAAGUUGUAA